CACAGAUGCUCGCAUAGCCCUAGCAAUUAGAGGCAUGGUUUGCCAAGGAGGCAGGUACACUUUAGACUCCGGCUACAACUAACUUGUCUUCACUCCCCUCCCAGCAAUAUCUCCAUCCUGUGGUUCCUAGGUGCCAGGUUCCCGGGCUGGAAGCAGGAGUGGAGAAGUGGACUCUCCUACCCAGUUCUCGGGCAGGCUGCAGUUCUCUCCUUAGCUGUGGGGAUUUAUGUCCAAAGCAGAGUGCUCCUUGGGCAACCGGCCAAGUCAUCUGUGGAGACACAGGGCUGCCUUCCACCACCAGCAGCCUGGGCUGAGACAGGAGAGUGCUGGGGUUUGGAAAGACACUCAGUGACCCUCGCACCUGGGCCAGCAACUGGUCUCUCUACCCCAGACUCCAGCAGAUAGCCAUGAGGGGCAUGUUCUGCUCCUUGUACAGCUGGAUGCUUGUUUACCUUGCCUGGAUGUGCCUCCUUUCCUCCAUGCAGCACUGCAGAGCAAAAGUUCUGGAGAAGACCUUCGAGGAGUGGAUGAGAUACCGGGACGAGUGCUUGAAGAAGCUGGCAAAUGAGCCAUCCCCCACAGGGCUCUACUGCAACCGGACAUUCGACAUGUACGCCUGCUGGCCAGAUGGGAGCCCAGGCAGCACCAUCAACGUCUCCUGUCCUUUCUACCUGCCAUGGUUCGAGAAAGUGAAAUAUGGGCUAGUGAGCCGCAAGUGCGGGCUGGAUGGGCAGUGGGUGAUGGUGAACGGCACGCAGCCAUGGAGGGACUACUCCCAGUGCGAGGAGGAGAUGGAGUCCACCAUGGAGGAGGAAGGGGCCCACCGGCUGAUGGUGAGUUUCAAGGUGCUCUACACGGUGGGAUACUCGCUGUCGCUCCUGGCACUGGUCUCUGCCCUGCUCAUCCUCACCAUCUUCAGGAAACUCCGCUGCACCCGCAACUACAUACAUGCAAACCUCUUUGCCUCCUUUGGGCUGCGGGCCAUCUCGGUGAUUGUCAAAGAUGCGCUGCUGGAGAAGAGGUGGGGCAUGGAAAUCCUGCAUGUGUCUGACUGGGAAGCGCUGUUGAGCAAUAAGGCUGCAGUUGGCUGCCGGGUGGCUCAAGUCAUGAUGCAAUACUGCAUUCUAGCCAAUCACUACUGGUUUCUGGUGGAAGCUGUCUACCUGUACAAGCUUCUGAUUGGAGCGGUGUUUUCCGAGAAGAACUACUACAUGCUCUACCUGUACUUAGGCUGGGGAACCCCUGUGGUGUUCGUGGUGCCGUGGCUGGUGGCCAAAUAUCUGAAGGAGAAUGCAGAGUGCUGGGCUCUGAAUGAGAACAUGGCCUACUGGUGGAUCAUCAGGAUUCCUAUCCUGCUGGCAUCCCUGAUCAACCUGCUGAUCUUCAUGAGGAUUCUCAAGGUGAUCCUGGCCAAGCUGCGUGCCAACCAGAAAGGCUACGCAGACUACAAGCUCCGGCUGGCCAAGGCCACGCUGACCCUCAUCCCCCUCUUCGGGAUCCACGAGGUGGUCUUCAUCUUUGCCACAGACGAGCAGACCACAGGCAUCCUGCGUUACAUCAAAGUCUUCUUCACGCUGUUCCUCAACUCUUUCCAGGGUUUCCUAGUUGCUGUGUUGUACUGUUUUGCCAAUAAAGAGGUGAAGUCAGAAAUGAAGAAGAAAUGGCAGCUCUGGAAGCUUGACCAUCCGGCGCUCUGCUGCACACAGUGAUGGCUGCACUGCCCUGCUGUGGGCAACCGGCCUGGGAAAGCCACAGGAGAAGGGCCACCCCCAGCUUGAUGGCUGGGGGAGUAGGCCAAGAGGCCAGCCA